UGGCCUCACAACUCCGCCUUACUUGUUGAAAGAGGUCCAUAAACUCUCACCAUCACCCGAGUUGUCGCGACAGUCAAUUGCCAAUGCGAAAUCUAGCGACCAACCCAUAGGCGACACCGCUCCUGUCUAUUCUGGGGCCACAUUGACUUGCGCGCGACUGGCGAAUUUCCCCCAGGACUCAGGCGUUGCUCGCCGUCUCGCCCGCCAUGUACAACUCUCUGACCCGGAUACAAAAUGUAUUCGGCUUCUUCACCACCGUCGCCUUCACCAUCGCCGCCCUCAUCGCUGCCUCUGACCUGAUCGCCCCCCGAACCCCCAGCGCCUCCAUAACCCCGACCAACAUCCAGGUAGUCAAGGGCCGGCCGCACUACUACAGCACGAAGAAGGAGGAGUAUGCCAUCAUAAAGUUCUCGCUGGACGCCGACCUGUCGUCACUCUUCACCUGGAACACGAAGCAGCUCUUCGUCUACGUCACGGCCGAGUGGCCCGCCGACGGCGCCGGCGCCAACCAGACCAACAAGGCCGUCAUCUGGGACACCAUCAUCACUAGCCCGAGCGCUGACCACCUCAGCAAUCUCGGCCCCGUCGCCCUCAAGAAGCUGCGCCGCAGCGCCGCCGGGAAGAGCAUAGACCCAAGCCGAGGCAAGCUCUCGCUCAAGAACCAGAAGCCCAAGUACCAGAUCACGCACCCGUCGGGCCACAUCGCCGAGGUCGCCAACGUCACGCUGCGCGUGCACUACAACGUCCAGCCGUGGGUCGGCGUGCUGACCUGGAACCAGGAGGUCGCCGACCUCGGCCGCUGGAAGCGGCUCGACGGCGGCGCUAGCGACGCCUUCGCGCUCCCUGCCGUCAAGGGUGCCAAGAAGGCCGAGGGAGCCGAGCCGGAGCAGGUCGCUGCCGGCAAGAAGAAGAAGAAGGGGGGCAAACCCGCGUGAGGAGG